AUGUCUGAAAAGUUGGGAAAAUUGAAAAGAAAAGUCUCAACUUUGCGGCAGAAACUUAGGACUAUUAGGAAAACAGUGAAGGAUCUCCAAACUAAAGUGGAUACUUUAGAAACUCCUCAGAUUUGGGAUGAUCACAGGUAUGAUGACGGGUUUGAGUGUAAUGAGAUUUCAGGAGAGAAAUCAAGAGAGAAUUGGAAAGAAACCAAAGGGACAGUAACACAGAAAGAAGGAGGAGGUGAGGAGCAUCAUCAAGAUAUAGAGACAGAAGCAGAAGAGAAAGAAGAAGAAGAGCAAGAAGAAGGAGAGGAAGAAGAAGGAGAGACAGAGAAAACAUAG